UACUGCAUGGGCAUGUGUGGGAUGAGUACGCAUGCGAUGCCAGUGGGUUGUAAGUACUUCUUGCAUAUAUCUCCGGAGUGCGACAUCCUAUAUUAGUUCAGUGGUUCGCCAACAUUUCUGUGGCACGUGAAUAAUGAAAAAGAAGAAAACCGUGUCAAUCUAAAGACGUCGUUUUUCAGGUUGCGCACAACACGCAAAAACAAAACGCACGAGCAACGGUUAUUUGUGCAAUCUUCGCAGGUAUGCGUAUCGGAAUCGCAACUACUGGAAGAACCAAAAUGUCACGCCGGAGCCAUUUGCCCUCAUAUUUGGCCCCACGUUGAAGCUCAUGUUCCAAACGUUCAAGUUCUCCGACCCCAUAUUGGACAACAUGAUGAACAUCACUCCCGUGGAUAGAUGGCGUAAGAUUCGACCGGCCUCGAGUCCUGCAUUUUCCACUGGAAGGCUAAGAAAGAUGAAUUUCUUGAUUGAGGACUGCGCAGUGGUGACAGCACAACACCUGAAAGAGGAGGCGGCAAAGGAGGAGGACAUCGACAUCAAACAUUGUAUUCCCAACCAUCUCAAGAUUACUUGGGCUGCGACCAUUUAAUAUGGACAUAUUUCUCUACUUCAAGGAGAUAUGCCUCAGCAUCAUCAAGGAGCAGCAGUACAAACA